AUGGCUCAAGCAGUGGAAGAAUGGUACAAACAGAUGCCGAUCAUCACCAGAUCGUACCUUACAGCUGCCAUUGUCACCACAAUCGGUUGCUCCCUCGAUAUAAUAACACCAUACGACUUGUACUUGAAUCCAAAGCUAGUGAUGAAGCAUUACCAAGUCUGGCGUGUCAUCACCAAUUUUUUGUAUUUUCGAAAAAUGGACUUGGACUUUUUGUUUCACAUGUUCUUUCUUGCUCGAUACUGCAAGCUUCUUGAAGAGAACUCCUUUCGGGGAAGGACUGCAGAUUUCUUCUAUAUGCUAUUAUUUGGUGCCACUGUUUUGACCGGCAUUGUUCUUAUUGGAGGAAUGAUUCCUUACGUGUCAGAGUCAUUUGCUAGGAUUAUAUUCCUUAGCAAUUCACUCACAUUUAUGAUGGUCUAUGUUUGGAGCAAGCAGAAUCCUUACAUCCACAUGAGUUUCUUGGGGCUAUUUACUUUCACAGCAGCUUAUCUUCCAUGGGUUCUUCUAGGGUUCUCUGUCCUUGUUGGAGCUAGUGCUUGGGUGGACCUACUGGGAAUGAUUGCUGGUCAUGCCUACUAUUUCCUCGAAGACGUGUACCCACGGAUGACAGGAUACCGGAAAUUUUAUCUUUGCAUUUCCUUAGCUUCUUGUGGGAUGUAA